ACUACGUACAUCAAUUGAAAAUGUGGGAAUCGGUGGAAAUGGAAAUGCGUGAUUUGUUGAGCCAUUAUGGUUUUGAUGGUGAGAAGACUCCUAUAAUUCAAGGAUCGGCUUUGGCUGCAUUGGAAGGCCGGGAUUCGGAGAUUGGUGAACAGGCUAUUUGGAAACUGAUGGAUGCUGUUGAUGAGUUUAUUCCUACACCCGUUAGAGACUUGGAUAAACCGUUUUUAAUGUCGGUUGAAGAUGUGUUCUCAAUUUCUGGGCGUGGCACAGUAGCCACUGGCCGCGUAGAACGCGGUACAAUCACCAAAGGCGCAGAAAUUGAAAUUGUUGGUAUGGGUGCACCUACUAAAACCAUAUUAACAGGUAUCGAAAUGUUCCACAAGGAACUCGAUAAAGGCAUGGCAGGCGAUAACAUGGGUGCUUUACUUCGCGGAGUCAAACGUGAACAAAUUCGACGAGGACAAGUGAUUGCUGCUCCCGGAACUGUCAAAUCUCACAAGAAAUUUAUGGCACAACUAUAUGUGUUGACCAAGGAGGAAGGAGGACGUCAUACACCAUUCAUGGACAAUUAUCGACCACAGAUGUACUUCCGUACCUCGGAUGUUACAGUCAUUCUGUCUCAUCCGCCCGGAACCGAGAAACCCGAGGCAAAGAUGAUUAUGCCCGGGGACCAUACAUCGCUUUUGUGCGAGUUGAUACAUGAUAUGGCUAUUGAGCCUG